AUGAUCGGCGAUGGCGUCGGUAUCAUAAAUGCAAUCAGUGGAUUCACGGAUGCGAAGAACCUGGAAGAACCGGCGUGCACUACACUCAAAGUCUCCUCUCGAGAUUUACGGAUGCGAAGAAAGGCGCUACGAAAGUAUUAUGUUGCCAAUAAUCACUCACUUCCGGAAAAAGUUUUUCUAUAUCGCGACGGUGUCGGCGACGGACAAAUACAUUACGUGAAAGAUCAAGAGGUGACUCUCGUACAGAAAGCUUGUGAAGAAGUAGUGUUGAAGGAAAAUGCAAAGCAACCAAUUAAAUUGGCAUUUAUUAUAGUAACAAAAAAAGUGAAUAUGAGAAUAUUCAAAGGCGCGCCUGAUUCCAAGUUGUCCAAUCCGGACCCAGGGACUGUUGUCGAUACUGUCGUCACGCGUCCCGAGAGAUAUGACUUCUACCUAGUGCCUCAAUUUGUAAACCAGGGGACUGUCACACCUGUCUGUUACAAUCUGGCGUUCAAACUAUGCCACUUGUACUAUAAUUGGCAGGGAACAGUGCGCGUACCCGCACCUUGCCAAUAUGCUCACAAGCUGGCAUUCAUGGUAGCGCAGUCGAUUCACAGGGAGGUUAAUGAGGAGCUGCGUAGCAAAUUGUUCUUCUUAUAG